AUGGCAGGAAAAGAACCCCGUGAGAUCGGGGCUGGGAGCAGCGCGGAGCUCUGGGAAAGAAGGCUGCAGCAGGACUUGGGUGGGAGCGACACCAGCCCAGAUGUGGAGCGCCAGUGCUUCAGGGGGUUCUGCUACCCGGAGGCCGAGGCCCCCCGAGAGGUUUGCAGCCGACUCCACCACCUUUGCUGUCAGUGGCUAAAGCCGGAAAGGAACACAAAAGCUCAGAUGUUGGACUUUGUGGUUUUGGAGCAGUUCCUAGCCGUCCUCCCCGCGGAGAUGGAGAGCUGGGUGCAGGAGACUUCAAAUAUGGCUACAGAGAUCCCAGAACCAGAGGACUCCAGACAGAGGCUGCUGCUCAGGCGGGCAAUUCAGGAAACUGAUGGAGCUGCCUCCUCACUGGAUGAUGGGAUGGCGAGCAGUAAAGAGAGUGAACAACAGAGAUCAAAAAUGGAAGAAAACCAGAAGUUUUUUUAUAGAGGUGUACAACAGAAGAAAAACAUAUCCAUUGCUUUUAAAGACAAUGACUUCCCCAAAAUUCCCCUACUAAAAGAAUGUUGUGAAGAAAGCAACAGGAAUGUACACAACCAGUUGACAGGUUUAAAAUGUUCUGAGUUCGAAGAGAGUUUUAGUCAGCAGCUAAACCUUGCUAAUCCUAAAAGAAAUCGCACAGAAGAGAAAGCAUAUAAAUGUUUGGAGUGUGGAAAGAAAUUUAGUCGCAGCUCAGAUCUCAGCUUGCAUCAGAGAUUCCACACAGGAGAGGAUCCUUGUAAGUGUUUGGUGUGCGGAAAGAGCUUCCGUCAAAGUCAGUAUCUCAAAUUGCAUCUAAGAAUCCACACGGGGGAGAAGCCCUAUACAUGCUCAGAGUGUGGAAAGCAAUUCAGUCGGAGGUCACACCUUAACUCCCAUCACAGGAUCCACAGAGGUGAGAAGCCCUAUAAAUGUUCUGUAUGCGGUAAGAGCUUUCAUCGCAACACACACCUUACCUUACAUCAAAGAAUCCACACCGGAGAGAAGUCCUACAAAUGCUCAGAGUGCGGAAAGAGUUUAAUCGAUAGCAGGAGCCUAAAGUCGCACCAAAUAAUGCAUACAGGAGAGAAGCCCUAUAAAUGCUCAGAGUGUGGGAAGAGUUUCAUUCACAGCCAAAGCCUGGCCUUCCAUCAGAAAACACACACAGGCGAGAAGCCCUUUAAAUGCCCAGACUGUGGGAAAAGCUUCAUCCGGAAGUCGGUCCUCAAAACACACCAACGGAUUCACACAGGGGAGAAGCCUUACAAAUGUUUGGAGUGUGGGAAAAGCUUCAGCCAGAACAUAAGCCUUGUCGUACAUCAGAGAAACCACACAGGGGAGAAGCCUUAUACAUGCGCAGAGUGUGGAAAGAGCUUUAGUCAUGGCUCACACCUUAAAUCCCAUCAAAGAAUCCACACAAAGGAGAAGAAGCCCUAUCCAUGCCCCGAGUGCGGAAAAAGCUUCAAGAAACUCUCAGACCUUAACUUACAUCAGAAGUUCCACACAGGAGAGAAUCUUUGUAAAUGUUCAGUGUGUGGAAAGAGCUUUCGUCAAAGGAAAUAUUUGAAAUCACAUCAAAGAAUCCAUACAGGGGAGAAGCCAUAUAAAUGCUCAGAAUGUGGAAAGAGUUUCAGUCACAGCAAGAACCUUAACCUGCAUCAAAGAAACCACAAAAUUGAGAGGCCCUAUAAAUGUCUAGAGUGUGGGAAAAGCUUCAGCCAGAGUUCAGUCCUUAAAACACAUCAGAGAAUCCACACAGGGGAGAAGCCCUACAAGUGUUCACAAUGUGGAAAAAGCUUCAGCCAGAGCAUAAGCCUGAUCUUACAUCAAAGAAACCAUACAGGGGAGAGGCCUUAUAAAUGCUCAGAGUGUGGAAAAAGCUUCAGCCAGACCUCAAAUCUCAAAACACAUCAAAGAAUCCAUACAGGCGAGAAGCCCUAUAAAUGUCCAGAGUGUGGAAAGUGUUUCAGUGAUAGCAGAAGUCUCAAUUCACAUGAAAGAAUCCACACAGGGGAGAAGCCGUACAAAUGUUUGGAAUGUGGAAAGACUUUCAGUCAUAGCAAAAGCUUGAUCUUACACCAAAUAAUCCACACGGGGGAGAAGCCCUACAAAUGUUUGGAGUGUGGGAAAAGCUUCAGCCAGAGUUCAAACCUUAAAACGCAUCAAAGAAUUCACACGGGGGAGAAGCCCUAUAAAUGCUCAGAGUGUGAAAAGAGUUUCAAUGAUAGCAGAAGUCUCAGUUCACAUCAAAGAAUUCACACCGGGGAGAAGCCCUACAAAUGUCUGGAGUGCGGAAAAAGCUUCAGUCAGAGCAUAAGCCUUACCUUACAUCAGAGAAACCACACAGGGGAGAAGCCGUAUAAAUGCUCAGAAUGUGGGAAAACCUUCAGCCAGAGCUCAAAUCUUAAAUCGCAUGAACGAACUCAUAGAGGGGAGAAGCCCUAUAAAUGCUCAGAGUGUGGCAAGGGUUUCAGUGAUAGCAGGAGCUUAAAAUCACAUGAAAGAAUUCACACAGGGGAGAAGCCAUAUAAAUGCUUAGAAUGUGGAAAGAGUUUAAGUGAUAGCAGAAGCCUAAAAUCACAUGAAAGGAUUCACACGGGGGAAAAACCCUAUAAGUGUUUAGAGUGCGGAAAGAGUUUUAUUCAUAGUAAAAGCCUAACCUUUCAUCAAACCAAUCACACAGGGGAGAAGCCCUUUAAAUGUCAAGAAUGUGGGAAAAGUUUCAGCCAGAGCUCGGUCCUUAAAACUCAUCAAAGAAUCCACACUGGGGAGAAGCCCUACAAAUGUUCGGAGUGUGGGAAAAGCUUCAGCCAGAGCAUAAGCCUCACCUUACAUCAAAGAAACCACACUGGAGAGAGGCCCUAUACAUGCUCGGAGUGUGGGAAAAGCUUUAGUCAGAGCUCAAACCUUAAAUCUCACCAACGGAUUCACACCGGGGAGAAGCCCUAUAAAUGCUCAGAGUGUGGAAAGAGUUUCAGCGACAGCAGAAGCCUAAAGUCACAUCAGAAUGUACACACAGCAGAGAAACCAUUCAAAUGCCCGGAGUGCGGAAAGAGCUUCAGCCAGAGGAUGCAUCUCACAAAUCAUCGGAGAAUCCACACCGGGGAGAAACCGUUUACAUGUUCUGAUUGUGGAAAAAGCUUCAACCAGAGCAAUACCUUGAUUUAUCAUCAAAGAAUCCACACCGGGGAAAAGCCCUUUAAAUGCUCAGAGUGUGGAAAGAGCUUUAGUAGGAGCAGCAUCCUCAUUUAUCAUCAGAGAAUCCACACAGGGGAGAAACCGUUUAAAUGUUCGGUGUGUGGAAAGAGCUUUGGUUGUAGCCGAACCCUUGGUUUGCAUCACCGAACCCAUACCGGGGAGAGGCCCUAUAAAUGCUUAGAGUGCGGAAAAAGCUUCAGUCAGAGCAGUACCCUUACUUCCCAUCAAAGAAUCCACACAGGCGAGAAACCCUAUACAUGCUCAGAGUGUGGAAAAACAUUCAGUCACAGCAGCAACCUUACUUACCAUCAAAGAACCCACACAGGGGAAAAGCCAUUUAAAUGCUCAGUAUGUGGGAAGAGUUUUAGUUGUAGCCGAACCCGUGGGUUACACUACAGAACCCAUACAGGGGAGAAGCCGUAUGUAUGCUUAGAGUGUGGAAAGAGCUUCAGUCACAGCAGCACCCUUACUAAUCAUGAAAGAAUCCACACAGGGGAGAAGCCCUAUAAAUGCUCAGAAUGUGGAAAGGGCUUCAGUCAGAGAAGUAGCCUUACUUAUCAUCAAAGAAUCCACACGGCGACGCCACAUAAAAAUGCCAAGAGGGCGGAAAGGACUUCCGUAACAAGAGAAAUGUUUGAUGAAAGCAAAGACGAGCAGUGUGGCGUGGUGGUUAGAGUGUUGGACUGGGACUGGGGAGACCCAGGUUCGAGUCCUCACUCUGCCAUGAAGCUCACUGGGUGACUAUGGGUCGAUUUCGCCCUAGCCUACCUCACAAGGUUCUUGUGAGGAAUUAAAUGGAUAGGAGAAGGAUAAUUAUCUUGCAUUCCUUAGAGGAAAGGUAGGAUAUAAAUAUAACAAAUAGCUCACACAAGUAUCCUGUGAAUACUUUUCUUCCUAGCAUAGGGCGUGGGGAAAUUUGAGGUGGAGCACAGAUUUUCACAUCAAAUGAUUUUGACGCCCCAUCAUAGAGAGAAUCUAUCGCAGUGGGAAAACAUAAAUGCUAAAAACAUUGUCAAGCGUGCAAAACUCUACUACAUGAGAGGAAAGAAGUGAACGUAAGAAAGUUGGAGCCGACAUUCUUCCGAAGUAUCAACUUUUUGAAAGCGCUCACCUGGUAGUCUGGGACACUCAAAUCGUUUUUCCUAGUGACAGAGCUAAUUCCCAUUGACAAAACAUGCAGUAUAGAAGGAAGGAAGCUGUAUAAACCGUAUCAUUCUACUGUGCUGUUUUCCCUGGCCUAAUCUACACUGAGCAGGAUAUAGCACUAUGAAAGCUGUAUAUAAAGGGCAGGAGCCACACUAAGGAGGAUAUAGCAGUAUGAAAGUGGUAUAUGGUAUAUGUCAAUAGGCCCCAACAGUUGUCAGUGCAUUUCAACACCGCUAUAAAGCAGUAGUGUGGCUCCUUCCUUUUAUAUACCGCUUUCAUAGUGGAAUACCCUGCUUGAUGUAGAUGAGGCCCCCUUCUCCGCUUCCUGUCUGAUGAGAAGUUCUGAGGGCUGCCCAAAAAUGCUCCACUUCAACUUGUAUGAGAAGUCACUCUGGACAUCUGGUGUGUUUUGAAACAAUAUGACCGAUAAAAGACAUGUAUGUUAAGAUUUUACAGGAAGAAAAUUGAUAGGCUUAACCCUCCAUGAAUUUCUGUAAUCCCCUCUUAGAAGCCAAACUGGUGGCCAUCACUACAUCUGUUGUAGUAAAUUAGGGUGACCCUAUGAAAAGGAGGACAGGGCUCCUGUAUCUUUAACAGUUGUAUAGAAGAGGGAAUUUCAGCAGGUGUCAUUGUAUGCAUGCAACACCUGGUGGAAUUCCCUCUUCGUCACAACAGUUAAAGCUGCAGGAGCUAUACUAGAAUGACCACGUUUAAAAGA